AUCCCUCCUUCCCAUCCCUUCCCUCGGGCGGGCGACGCGCCGCCAUGGAGCUCUUCCAAGCCAAGGACCACUACAUCCUGCAGAGCGGCGAGCGCGCGCUCUGGUGCAGCCGCAGGGACGGCAGCCUGCAGCUCCGAGCCGCCACUGAUCUUCUCUUGGCCUGGAAUCCCAUUUGUCUGGGCCUGGUGGAGGGAGUCAUUGGUAAAGUUCAGCUUCAUACAGAUUUACCAUGGUGGUUACUUUUAAUUCGUCAGAAAGCAUUGAUCGGCAGGCUGCCAGGGGACCAUGAAGUAUGCAAAAUAACAAAAAUUGCAGUGAUUCCACUUUCUGAUACAGAACCUCAGGAUCUGGAGCUGGAGCUCUGUAAAAAGCACCAUUUUGGAAUAAACAAGACAGAGAAGAUUACACAGUCUCCAGAUGACUCGAAAUUUCUCCUGAAGACCCUUACUCAAAUUAAAUCAAAUGUGUCUGCUCCAAAUAAAAAGAAGAUUAAAGAAAGUAAAGAAAAAGAAAAGCUGGAGAAGAGAUUAUUGGAGGAGCUGUUCAAAAUGUUCAUGGAUUCGGAUUCCUUUUACUACAGCUUGACCUAUGACCUGACCAAUUCAGUACAGAGGCAGAGCCUGUGUGAGAAAACCAAUUUGCCUUUGUGGAGGAAAGUUGAUGACAGAUUCUUUUGGAACAAGCACAUGAUUGAAGAUCUCAUCAGCACCGAUAAUACUGAUGUGGAUUUCUGGAUUAUCCCCAUCAUACAAGGAUUUGUGCAAAUUGAAGAACUUGUAGUGAAUUAUAGUGAGGCUUCUGAUGAUGAGAAGAGUAGUCCUGAAACUCCUCAGGAAUCAGCGUGUGUAGAUGACAUUCAUCCAACCUUUCUGGUAGCGCUUAUCUCGCGCCGGAGUCGGCACAGAGCUGGAAUGCGGUAUAAGCGAAGAGGUGUUGAUAAAAACGGGAAUGUAGCCAACUACGUGGAGACGGAGCAGCUGAUUCACGUGCACAAUCACACGCUCUCAUUUAUUCAAACGCGAGGCUCUGUGCCUGUCUUCUGGAGCCAGGUUGGAUAUAGAUACAACCCACGGCCUCGACUGGACAAGAGUGAAAAUGAAACGGUGCCCUGUUUUCGUGCACAUUUUGAAGAACAGCUGAAAAAUUACAAAAAGCAGGUUAUUAUUAACCUGGUGGAUCAGACAGGCAGAGAGAAGAUUAUUGGAGAUGCUUUCCUGAAACAAGUGCUUCUGUACAACAAUGCAAAUCUGACUUAUGUUUCAUUUGACUUCCAUGAGCACUGCCGAGGAAUGAAGUUUGAAAAUGUUCAGACACUGACUGAUGCCAUUCAUGAUAUUAUUCUUGAUAUGAAAUGGUGCUGGGUUGAUCAAGCUGGUGUUAUUUGUAAACAGGAGGGAAUUUUCCGGGUUAACUGCAUGGACUGCCUGGAUCGUACCAAUGUGGUGCAGGCUGCUAUUGCAAGRGUUGUCAUGGAACAGCAGCUCAAAAAACUGGGUGUGAUGCCACCGGAGCAGCCUUUGCCAGUGAAAUGCAAUCGAAUCUACCAGAUAAUCUGGGCCAAUAAUGGAGAUGCCAUAAGCCGGCAGUACGCGGGCACAGCAGCCUUGAAGGGUGACUUCACAAGGACUGGGGAGAGGAAGCUGGCCGGAGUAAUGAAGGAUGGGGUAAAUUCUGCAAACAGAUACUACUUGAAUCGCUUCAGGGAUGCCUAUAGGCAAGCAGUCAUAGAUUUGAUGCAAGGUAUCCCUGUAACAGAGGAUCUUUACUCCAUAUUUACAAAAGAAAAAGAGCAUGAAGCGCUGCACAAGGAAAAUAUGAGAAGCCAUCAGGAACUGAUCAGCCAACUGCUGCAGAGUUACAUGAAACUGCUUCUGCCAGAUGAUGAAAAGUUUCAUGGAGGAUGGGCCCUUAUUGACUGUGAUCCAAGUCUCAUUGAUGCCACUCACAAAGACGUGGAUGUGCUGCUGCUGCUCUCCAAUUCUGCCUACUACGUGGCCUACUACGAUGAUGAGAUUGACAAGGUGAAUCAGUACCAGAGGCUCAGCCUUGAUGCCUUGGAAAAAAUAGAAAUAGGACCUGAGCCUACUCUCUUUGGCAAACCCAAGUUCUCUUGCAUGAGGCUGCAUUACAAAUACAAAGAAACAAGCGGGUAUUUUCACACACUUAGAGCUGUGGUACGCAGUCCUGAAGAGGAUGGAAAAGACACUCUUCAGUGCAUUGCAGAGAUGCUGCGAAUCACGAAGCAAGCGAUGGGGUUAGACGUGCCCAUUAUUGAGAAGAAGCUCGAGAGGAAGAGCAGUAAAGCUCACGAAGACAUCAUUGGCAUUCGCUCUCAGAACAGAGGGUCCCUGGCCCAAGGCAAGAAUUACUUGCUGAGCAAGUUUUCAUCUCUCAACCAGAAAGUAAAACAAACCAAAUCCAAUGUGAACAUCAGCAAUCUCCGCAAGUUAGGCAGCUUUACCAAACCCGAAGUGAAAGUCAAUUUUUUAAAGCCAAACUUGAAAGUGAACCUUUGGAAAUCGGACAGUAGCCUGGAGACGCUAGAGAACCCGGCGGUUGACACCAAAGUCCAUCCCGAAUCCGAUAUCGAAAUGUCCGACAACGAUUCCUUCCAUUCGGACGACUUCCUGACCAACUCCAAGUCGGACGAGGAGCCGCAGUCGAGCGACUCGCUGGAGGCGGCGGGGCGGGCGGACUACGUGCUGCCCAGCUGCGGCAUCGUGGCCUCGGCGCCGCGCCUGGGCGCGCGCGGGCCGCUGCUCGGCGCCGAGCYGCCUGCGGUUGCCCUCGUGGUGCCUGAGGGGGGUCCCGCCGUUGCCCUCAUGGCGCCCGAGGAGGCGCCCGCCCGGCUCGGCUCGCCCGGGCCCCUCGACAUCUAUUGCCGGCAGUUUGCGCACGACGCGCGCCGCCAUCUCGCGGGCGGCCCGGAGCCCGAGGCUGGCCCCCCGGAGCCCCCUCGGGCGGUAAAUGACAGCAGCAGUAGCGAUUCCCCCAAGGCAGAAGCUAAGGCUGAGCCCCGCAGGGACCUUCCUUCCAGGCCAUCGCAGCUGGACGUGCGGGCRGCCGGGCUCGACGCGCAGCUCUUGGCUGUCGAUGGCGCCUAYGCCAAUAAACAGCAUCGAAGCGCCGGGGCCCUCGAGACGGGACUGCACACGGCGACUCCCUCGCCGGCCGACAGCAGCAGCAGCAGAGCCGUGUCUCCCUUUGCUAAAAUACGCAGCUCCAUGGUGCAGGUCGCGAACAUCACCCAGGCGGGCCUGAGCCAGGGCAUCAGCUUCGCGGUGGCCAAGGUCCAGAAGAGCCCUGCCGAGGCCGAAGCGCUGAAUGAAAUCAAGCAAAAGGAACUGAGGGAAAUGUUCACGCAAUGCCAGACCCGAAUAAUUCAAAUUUAGUGAAUUUGGAAUUACUCUUCUCGUUGUGGCUUUUAAUACAAUCCUGAAAAAGUUCACACCAGAGGUCACAGGAGCACGAACCGCUGCAGAAUACUGGGAUCAAAACCACGAUUUUGUUUACAGGAGGUGUGUGGUGCAAGUGAUUUGGUUCUGACCAAGCUUCAGGAUCCUCUUAAGCAGCUGAGACUAAAGGGUAAGCCCUGUUCAAACAGGUAGCCUAACACUGGGGUUUGGGAGCACGCUGGCCACCUUCAUGUGUCGCGCAGGCUUACUUGAGACUAGUUUUGUAGAGCCUCCGAAUUAAGUAGAAUAUUUAUACCAAAAGGGUGAUAUUGCACUUCUGUGACCUUACUUACCUUGCACUGCACCAGCAAAAUAACGGAUAGAUUUAMGUUUUAUUUAUUUUUUGGACUAGUAUUUUUACUUAUUUUCAUUGGGAAUUUUAGACACAGCUUUCUAUGAAUCGUGCCUCUACAAUGUGUUUUCUGUUGUAUUUGGGUAUGUGUUAGGGAUUUUUUUCCUUUCUGCUAUCCUCUUCCUCCCUUUCUGGGACACUUCCAGGAAAGAUUAAGUACACAGUUGCAACCUGAAAUAUCCACAAUCCUGCAGUGCAAACAGUUUGUAGGUUUUGUUUUUCUUUUCCUUUUGCUGGGCAAGGGGGAAUGGCACUGUUGACCUCUGGUUGUCUUGCUCACGUUGGAGCUGUCCUGUGCCCUCUCCAGACCCCUAACACUGUCCUUGUGCUCUGGGCUUGGGCUCGCUGUGGAGCGGGGCAGCGUUGGCUCUCGCRGGCGCUCUGCAGCGCAGCCCUUUGCUCUCUUCCCCUUUCUUUCUAACCACCCAGAUGCAGAAGCUCAAGUAGCUGCUUCCAAACCAGGUAAAAUGCUGCUCCGUGUAAUCGGUGUUGACAUUGGAGCACCCCUGUGAGAAUGUUUAAUCAAAUUCACUAUGGAGUGGGGCUUUGCAGCCUUGCUUGCCACCAGACAUAUGCACGCGCGCAGGCGUCGCGGGUUUAGUCUCCUCCAUCACUCCUCUUCCCAGAUCCGCCUUGUGAUGCCACCUGGUGUAGGGCAUUAUCCAGGAGCUGGUGGAAAGCAGGAUUUUCCUUGGCUGUGGUUCGGGACUCUACCUUUCUAGAGCCAGUGCCUGUGUGUGUUAGUCCCUGUGCUGUAGAUGAGCUGCACGUGGUGUUCCCAGCAGUGUCGUAGGGCUGUUAGGGGGUCUCCAACUCCUCUCGUGUAUCAGAACCCUCAGCUACUAACCCUUAGUGUCUGCAACUUUGAUAAACGAGUUUGACUUAUUUAUUUGUUUUAUGGA